AUGGAGGUCAGCUUGGCGGCCUGCCUGCCCGAGAGCUGCCUGCGGAUCUUGGAUGCCGCUAGGAAGAAGCGACACCUGUGUAGCUUUUUCGAGGAUCUGGAUCGACGGGUCGCACAAGGGGACAAAGGCCCGGAAGAUGAAGUUUUGACAACGGCUGCUCUUUAUGUAUUGCCGUCGUUGGUUAAGGAGAGAAGCUCUGCCUUUCUCUACCCACAUGACCCAGACGCACUUCAAGCGUACCCAGCAGUGAGCUAUGAGGAGAACGUCUAUGAGUCGUCAUCGUUCGUUGUGACCGUGGAUGGACUUCAUGUUAAGGAAGACUCGCUGCUGGCUGCAAUUACAACCAUGACUGCCAUGUAUUGGGUGUUCAAUAUGGAAUUUAGUACAAGAGCCUCCAAGACAAUGCAGUUAAUGUCACAUGUGUUUGGGGUUAAUUCUGGCAUCCCAGCUAGCCCUUUGGUGCGGGUGGCCAUAGGUAUUCUUUGUGGCUAG